UCUUACUGUUGUUGCAGCCGGUGCAAACGAGGGAAGUCGCCAUCACUUUCUCGUUGCUAGUUUCUCUCAGAAUAACAUAACAAAUUUAAAGCUUCAGGUAAACUAGCCUUGUGACGGUGAUCUACAAUGAUAAUCCCUAUCCGGUGCUUCACGUGUGGGAAGAUCGUGGGUAACAAGUGGGAGGCAUACCUCGGCCUACUCCAAGCUGAGUAUACUGAGGGUGACGCACUUGAUGCCCUGGGCCUGAAGAGAUACUGUUGUCGGAGAAUGCUCCUUUCACAUGUGGAUCUUAUUGAGAAAUUGUUGAAUUAUGCUCCGUUGGAGAAGUGAUUGUAACUGGCUUCCUCCAGGAACUGCAUGGACUUUGUGGGGCUGUGGCAUGGACAGAUUCAUUUUAUUAUUUUGAUUUGUGACAACAUGUUGAGGACAGUGAAGAUCUGAAACAUUAAUUGUGCACCUAUUUGAUUAUACAUUUUUUUUCUAAAUAAAGCUGUUAUAUGACAUUG